UGCAGUGUAUAAUGAGUAUAGUCGGUGUACUCGUAGUUACGAUAAAUAUAAAUAUCAAUUUAUUUAAUAUAAAAAUUGUGAAAAUACAAUAUAAAUUUACGUCGUAAACAGUUUUCUUAAGUGAGAAAACAUGGGACGCCGUUCGAUAAAUACCACAAAAAGUGGAAAAUAUAUGAAUCCUACCGAUCAAGCACGUAAAGAGGCACGUAAAAAAGAAUUAAAGAAAAAUAAAAAACAACGGCAGUUAGUACGCGCUGCCGUUCUAAAGGGCAAAGAUCCGGCUCAGAUUAUCGAAGAAAUGGAAAAAAUAGAUCAAAUGGAAUAUAAUGUUAUGCAGCCACCACCGCUUAAUGAGAAAGUGCUGAAAGACAAAAGAAAGAAAUUGAAGGAGACCUUGGAUCGUGUCUUGAAAAUGUAUGCAAAGGAUGAUCAAGAAAAGUGGGCAGAGUUAAAAGAACAAUUGAUACAAUAUGAACGUAGAAGAAUAGAUCUCGUUUCAUAUUUUGAAGCUGUACGACAUGCACAACAAGUACAAGUUGAUGAAAUUCCAUUACCAUCAGCUGCUAAUGACAUAUCUCGAAUGUACUCAGGUUCUUUAACUUCACAAAUACCUUUGCCGGAUAUGCCGCAACCACCAGCGCAUAUGUAUCCGCCCCAUCCACAUUACAUACCACAGCAUCAUCCGCUUAUGAACAUACCAAUACCACCAAGUAUUUUAAAAAAGACAAGUGCAUAUGCAACAUCUCCUUCUAUACCUACACUAGCACCUAAUAAAGAAUCACCCGGUGUCCCACCUUUUCCACCGCCGGAUCUAUCAAGUGACGAUGAAGAUAUGUCUGACAAGACUAAAGAAUCAGUACCAAAAUCGAGAACAAUUCGAUUUGCGGACGACAAAGAAGAUAAUAAACAAGAAUCAGACGGUAAAGAUAAGGACGGUGACAAAGAGAAGGAAAAAGAAAGAGACAUAGCUAAAGUAAAACCAACUACUCUACAACAGAAAAUGUUAGCUAUGGCAGGGCAAGAUAUUGAUCAGUUUAUGCGUGAAAUGGAAGUUGUUCAUAAAAAGCGUGAAACUGAACGAGCUCAAGAUUUAAAUGCUCGAUUGUCACUACUGGAAGCAGAAAAUGAAUCUAAUUCAAAGUCUAAUAAUAAAUCUGGCAAUAAUAAAACAGAAGUAGAGGAUCUAGAACCUCCAGGGGCAUCAGACCAUUCAUCAAACCAUAAUCAACAUACAUCACAUUCUCAUUCUCAACAUACACAACCACACACAAUGCCACCUAUGGGAUUGCCGCCACCUCCUUUAAUGUAUAGACCUCCACCACCACCUUUACAUUUAAGGAUGCCACCGCCCCCACCGCCCCGUAUUGGACUUCGAUUACCUCCUGGUAAGAAUAAUACAUACUAUUUAAUGAUUUGUCAAUAUAAAUAUUGUAAUAAAUAAUGAAU